UAUGUGUUGGCUACAUUCAAAGUUGGUAUUUGCUAAGAGCCUGCCAUUUUGUAAGAUAGAAGGGAGAUAAAAAAUAGUUUUAUGGUGUUAAAAUUUUACAAAAACUCUGUUGCCGUUUGUCUUAGGGCUAAAAUCAAAUGUUUAAAUGGACGCAUCGUCCAUUAUAACUCAGGUGUCACGGGAUGACGAGCAAUUAAACAAUUAUGGAUCCGACAGAGGGUCAUCCCCUGGCGGCCAACAUAAUGAGGGGGAUGUUACGCCGGUGUCGGGGUCAGCCCCAUUGGGCAGUAAGAAGUCAAGCGGUGGCGGCGGGUUCCUCCGGUCCCUGCUGUGCUGCUGGCGCGGCGGACGAGGCAAGGGUCCGCCCGGCAGUAAUGGCGCGAACAGCAUCGAUGGCCGGGCCUCGCCGCUCCCGCAGGAGCGGGGGCUGCUGGUCAUGGACCACACCGCCCCGCGACCACUAUUACCCCCAGUGAAACACCAGGACAUGCAUAAAAAGUGUAUGGUCAUUGAUCUCGACGAGACAUUAGUUCACAGCUCAUUCAAGCCGAUAAACAACGCGGACUUCGUGGUCCCCGUGGAGAUCGAUGGCGCAGUGCACCAGGUGUACGUUCUGAAGCGGCCGCACGUCGACGAAUUCCUGCGGCGCUGUGGUGAACUCUACGAGUGUGUUCUGUUCACCGCAUCGCUUGCUAAAUACGCCGAUCCUGUUGCUGAUCUAUUGGACAGAUGGGGCGUGUUCCGAGCGCGAUUGUUCCGCGACAGUUGCGUCUUCCACCGCGGCAACUACGUCAAAGACCUGAACAGUCUCGGACGCGACCUGCGGCGUGUCGUCAUCGUCGACAACUCUCCCGCCUCCUAUAUAUUCCAUCCGGAUAAUGCUGUACCUGUCGCGUCAUGGUUCGACGACAUGACAGAUUCAGAACUUUUGGACUUGAUACCGUUUUUCGAGAAACUAGCUAAGGUGGACAGUGUAUACACAGUGUUGCGGAACUCGAACCACCCGUACAACCCGACGGCCAACAGCUCGCCCGGCACAUAGCGCGGCGCCGGCCUCGGCCCCGCCCCCGCCACCUUGUUCCAAACACUCAUCAAGAAAGGAGCGAACUUCGUCUUAAGUGCCAAUUUUGCCUUCUGGAUAGUGAGGACAUUAUUUCUACCUAUUUUACAUUUUAGGUAUUUCUUAGUGCGUAAGUGGUCUGUAUGAUGGAUUUGUGAUGAUAAUUCUUUAUUUAACAUUUCCACUCUCUGGUGAGCUUGCAAACGAAGUGUUCGUAUAUAUUUGGACGUAAUUCUAUCGAUAUUUUUCGGGUUGACUAACGUAUGUUUAACGUGUAUUUAAAAAAUGCAAUCGUCACUCAUUGAAUUUCAUUUUCGUAAUUAUUCGACAACUUAUAUCGUGCUUGGGAUCAAAUACAGAUAAGUUAGGAUAUUUUUACCGUCGUGGUUGCAGUCUUAUUAUGUAUCGCUCAUUUCUGGUCUUUUGUCAGAAUCGAUGGAGUCGAUGACGUGUCGCAUCACUAUGAUUUGCCUUCGUCUUGGAUGUCUAAUUACUAAUAACUGUAUAUUGAUAGACUUGUAACAUAAUCACGGAUUCUAAAAAUGGACUGGGAUUUAAGCAGUAGUAUCCAGCACUAGUGAAAUGUGUAAAUAUUUUUAUAAGAGAGUAAAGAUGGUCGCCGCUUGAAUCAUGGUUAGAAUUAAUAUGAUUAAUGUACAUACAUUUAUAUUAUACAUAAACAAUUGAAUUGUAAGAGUAUCGCUCGUGGCAGAACAAUAGCACUUAAGGUGAUUUGCGUCGUACUGAUACCGUGACUCGUGUUACAUACGAACUCUUAAUGCUGAUCUAUUUAUAAGGAUAUCGAUUUAUUCAAAUUAUUUAUUCAACAAAAUAUUAUUUUAUAAAGUAUAAUUUACAAUUUGUAUCAUAUUUUUAAGCGAAAAAUACUUAUUUAUAAGUCUUAUUAUAUUGAUUUGUGAAGUUUAAAUAAAAUGUGAAGGAACGCGUGUUGUUGAUUAUUAAGUUGUGAUGUAAUACGGGUCACUUUAAGGUUUGUGCACAUUAGACGGAUCGAGUAUUCCAUUAUCCCACAUUACAUGUAACAUAUUAUUAACUUUAGUGUGUACAUACCUUUGUUUUACGGUAAAACUCCCCCCUAAGUAGUUAUUGCAUCGAUGACAAUAAGAAGUCAAUCGCGACAGUGUCAUAUGAGUGUUUUUUUAAUUAUUAUUAUUAAUUAUGAGUAAAAUACUUUGUAUGCUACACACGGGUGAACGAAGGGACAGAUCAAAUUGGCAUCUAAAUAUAUUCCUUGUUUUUGCUUCUGUGUAGAAGUAUAAUACUGGCUUAGACCUGAUUUUUCUAAUACAUGAUUACAACAACGAUUAAUAUGUUAAGUAACCAAGCUUACUUGUGCCUAAAGCUGCUUGGUUACUUGGUUUUGUGAAGUGAACACGACCCACUCCGCGGAGGGCCACUCGAACGGAACAUUGAACGCUUAGUUUAAAAAUAUUUAUAAUAAAAAUUCAUCAUCUCAGUAUUAACCUAGCUUUGUAGUAUUUGAUGCCAUUUUUACAAAAACAUAAAAUUAUAAAACUAAAAUGAAUAUUAUAUAUCUAUGAAUUUUAACAAAAUAUUUUUAUGAUGGCAAUAUUUUUGUAUGUUGAAUUAUUGGGUGUCGAGUAUUACCAACGUAACGUAGCGACUGCACACGCGAGGCGAUAGUGAUAUUAUGGAACGUGUUCUGACAAAGUUUAUGAUUAAAACGAAUGUUUUUGGAAA